AUGACGGGAUCAUUAACCGCGUGGAAAAAUAAAGACUUGUGUUCAGUAUUAACAAAUUGUUUCACAGUUAAAGAUGUCGAUUUACUGCUGGAUAACACCGAACAUAUGAAAUUUCUAUGGAUUCCUUUGUUCAAAGUAUGGUACCCGGUAGGGCAUUACGAGUUUCGAAAAAUAGUUUACGAAAUUCAUAGAAAUAAUAUAGAUGCGACGCUGCAAUGUGAAGAUUACAGCUUAGGACAAGAGUUGUUUGAAUUUCACCAACACACAAAAACAGGACAUCCGCUUUAUUCAAAAGAUCAUCAAAUGGUGGUACUAGGAGGAGUAAAAUUACCUCCACCAGAGGCAGAAGGUGCAUGUGAACCGGAAUACGAAUGUCUAAUGAAAUGGCAACUCAUUCCGGCAGACCAAUUCCAAUUUGGAUACUCCGAAUCCCUUUCGUGUUCUAAUUUGACGACUGUACCUUUAUGGAGAAGCACGCUUGAAGGAAUAAUGAAAAAAUUGGAUCACUAUUUAUACACGCUCUCUCGAGUGUCAGGUAAACCAUUACGUAUAACCGCUGGAAUGGCAGGAGUACUUCAGUUACAAAAUGAUUCGUGGAUAUGGGGAAGUAAUCGUGACAUAUAUUUAAACGAAGACACCAAACUUCGAGUGCCAAAAAUAAUCUAUAAAGUGGUGAAAUUUGAAUCAAACCAAUGCAAAGGAGAUGCAAAAUCUUGUUGGUACGGUAUCGUGAUCGUCAUUCACAAUGGACCAUAUUUUGUCGAGAAAAGUCGAAUUUGUGAACAAGAUAAGAGUGGAGAACUGGGCUGGGAGGAGAUCAGAUACGAAACGUGGUCUUACGAAGGACCUCAAUCGAAAUUCAUUUACGUUUGCUCGAUUUCAGCGGGGAUAUUUUCAAAGCUAGGACUCACGUUUAAAAAAGAUGUACCUGUUCAAGAUUUAUCACUGUUACGAUUUCCGUAUUUGGAUGAGAAUAACCAGCCUUCGUGGAAAAAUAUGAAAAAAGAAGUGUUUCGAGAAUUGGAUCGUUUAUCUAAAACUGAUGAAAAAUUACGAUUAGAUGAUAAUGAAAUUAUUGAAAGACCGUCCAUUGAUUCUGAUAAGUAUGUCAAGUCGCAGGAAAAAUCCACAAAUACGAAUAGCAUUAGCAACGAUAAUGGAGGAGAUAUAGAAAAUGACAGGCAAAAGACGGAAUAAUUUUUAAAUAUUUUUUUAAAGGUAUAUUUUUAUUUAAGUAGGUAACUAAAUUCUCGGGGGAAAAGUUUUGAUCUGGUCAGGACUGAACAGAUGUCAUCCGAUUAAAACUCUGAUCUGAUUAGAUUAAAUUCAUCCGAAGAAUGUCCGAAUCUGAUCAGAUAUGAUCAUUUAUGAGGUGACCAAACAAAUCUAAAAUCAAUGAAUCAAAAAACCCAUCCACCUAUGUAUUUUAAUGUAG